CUGAAACGGCCCAAGAGGGCCUCCGCAACCAUUUGGCCCAGGCCGUUCUAGCUCCAGAGCCCAUGUGGAUUCAGGCUCCCUUCUCUGGGAAGGCGGGGCCUCUUCCCCGAGCAUCGCCAAGGACGGCAUGCCAGGCUCGUAGGCCCGUGCCUCGCCGUGCGGAAGAGGUAGCAUGGCCAAGCCUGACGCGAACUACUGCAGGCUAUACCAGCGCAGUGAGUGCCUGAGGGGCAGUGAGUGCCCGAUGCUGCACGCCGUGCACCUGACGACGGGCGCCGCGCCGGCGCACUCCCAGUCAAGCCAGACAAGGCGUGAUGACAUCAGCGAGGGCUUCUCCAUGGACAGCAGCAGCGAGGACAACUGGACGUCGAGCUCUGGCAGUCGCAGCUGGGCGGACAUGUCCGAGGGCCUGUGGACCGUCCAGCGAGCCGGGCUGCCGCGCACCCGGCCUGCAGCCGAGCCCCCCCGUGCCUGGUCCGCCAGGGCCGCCUCGUCCCGCGAUGAGUUUCCAUCCUUCGACGAGCGCAUAUCUCAUAUCCCCGAGUUCAUGCCCAGCGAGUCGCGCGAGAACGAUGCGGCCGGCUACAGCCACAAAUCCAAGUCGGCCAUUCGGCGGAGGCAGCGGCAGAUGACCGUCAAGUGGGCUGCGAUGAGGGAGGUCAACAGCACCAUGUCUUUGCCGGUCAUGCAUGCACUGAGCGGGAUGCCAUCGUCGCUGCCACCCGCUCGAUAUUCGCCGCGGACCGAGUCGGCUUCGCCAGAGAGACCUCCAGCCCCAGCGCCGUCGCCGAGGCGGCCUCGGCGCAUGGAUGACCACGACCCUGGCGACUCCUGCGACGACGGCCAUGCGUUCGAGAACACGAAAGUCUCGUUGUGACAUCGGGGUCGCGCAUAUUUCAACCAGGCGCCUGGAGACGGCAAGCUUGGGGAUUCCAGUUUGAUUCGGCCAAUGCCAGUUAGCCUUGCCUCUCCAGAUGUCUACUAGGUCAUUCUGAGUUUGGCGGCCAUAUCUCACGGAACCCACUGCCAAGUCAGAGAUUGACCAUUUUUUUUUACAGAAUGGCCACGAUCGUGCCCACAUUGUUUCCAACAUGUUCUUCCGCAAAUGUAUAAGUGCAUUUGCGUUCUACGCGAUCCUACGCCCUGGGAGUUGCGAAGCAUUGCUUCGGCAUUGCGUGCACUGGAUGAUUCCAAAUAAUCUCAUACCCCAAACAGUAGUUUUUUUGUUUUUUUUUUUUUUUUUAAAAAAAUUUGGAGUAGACAACGCAGUAACAUGCCCAGCGGCCACUACGCUGCCGCUACGCUUUCACUUCGAGUCCUCCUUACUCUCUACCAGCAUCAUGUUUUCCAUUCUGGAGAGCUGGGCUCUCCGCAACCUUGAUUUCUCCACUUACCCAAGUGAGUGCAGUGCUUAGUGCAACAACCGCAGCUGGCGUCCACAGGCGGCGAACACAUUGUGCAGCGAUUAGUGCAGUGCUUAGUGUUUGGCGUCCACAGGUCGGCGAACACAUUGCCUUUCGGAAUAA